AAAAAUUGUAAAAAAACUAAAGUUAUGAUGAAUUAAUAACAAAAAUUCUAAUUUAGGCCAAAAGUUUAUAUGUUGGAUCAAAUUUGUCAAAAAAAAAAUUAAAAUGGAAGCCUAAAGUACACGUAAAAAAUAAGUAAAAAACAAAUAUAUAUGUAGAUAAAAAAAAUAGUAAAAUAAAAGAUAAAAGUAAGAAAUAAAAAAAGAGGAGUUUAAAAUGACUUUUAAUUUGUUUCCGCUUCACAUUGCUCUGACCCUCUCUCUCUCUCUCUCUCAUCGCCUCACUCUAGCUUUCUCAACAGUGAAAAUGGCCGAAGCACUAGUGACUAUUGCUGCCGAGGGGAUACUGAAAAAGGUGUUGACUAUCGCUGCCAGCGAAAUCGCCAUUGCUUGGGGCUGUGAAGAAAAGCUGAGCAGUCUUCACAGAACAUUGGAUCUGAUUCGUGCCAAGUUGAGCGACGCGGAAAGUCAAAAGGGAACACAAGCUGUGAUGGUGUGGCUGAAGCAGCUAAAAGAUGUAGUGGAUGAAGCUGAUGAUGUGUUGGACGAGGUUCAUUACGAAAUGUUGAGGCGACAGAUAAAGAAACCAGAUCGGUUGUCAACAAAGGUAUCGUGCCUUCCAAUCUUAAAAAAGUUUUCAUUUCGUAAUGAAAUAGGUCAUAAAAUCCAAAACAUCAAUAAAACGUUGCUUGAGAUCUAUACACAAGCAAACGGUUUAGGACUACAAAAUGAACACCCAGCUGGCUCUGUUCCAGAUGGACUCUAUCGGGAGACUAUUCCACAUCCAGAAGAAUUCAAGAUUGUUGGGAGGGAUGAUGAUGUACUACGUAUCAUAGAGUUUUUAACCCAAUCAAGAAAGGAAGAAAAACUUGCAGUUGUUCCCAUUGUGGGAAUGGGUGGUAUUGGGAAGACAGCUUUGGCUAAGUUGGUCUACAAUGAUAAAAGAAUCGUGCAACAUUUUAGAGGGUGUUUGGAUAAAUGCAUUUUUAGCUUAUUGCUUAUUGCUUAUUGUGGUGGGAAGCUGUCAUUUUUUUCCCUAUCCAAACACCCUCUUAAUGUUAAAGCAUGGUUGUGUGUGUCGGUUAAGGUUGACAUCAUCACUCUUCUUGCAAAGAUCUAUGAAUCUCUUGUUGGAAAGAAACCUGAGUCGGACUCUAAGGUCAAUUUAAUUAAAAGUCUUGAAGAGAAAUUGGGAUCAAAAAGAUAUUUUCUUGUCUUGGAUGAUGUUUGGGUUGAAGAGAGGCCAUAUUGGGAAGAGUUUAGGAGAUGUAUGCUAAGUGUAAACUCACAAAAUGGAAGUUGCAUUCUUGUCACUACACGGAAACUUGAAAUUGGAACUCGCGAUAUGAUCAUGGAUUCCUAUUGUCUGGAAGGUCUUUCCAAUGAUGAGUGUUGGUCAAUCUUUAGAGAAAGAGCGUUUGUGGGAGGAGAAUCACCUUCACCAGAAUUGGAGGAGAUAGGUCGUGAGAUUGUGAAUAAGUGUGGUGGUUUACCAUUGCUAUUAAAUGUAAUAGGUGGCAUGUUUGCAAAUUACAGUGGUCCAGAGAAGUGGUUAUCCAUAAAAAACAGCAAGGUUUGGGAUCUAGAAGAAGAAAGGGAUAGAUUUCAAAAGAGUUUGGAACUGAGCUUUGAUAAUCUCCCUAAUUCUAUUAUCAAGCAAUGUUUUGUAUAUUGUUCCAUCUUUGAAAAAGACACGGUAAUGGAAAGGGAAGAACUGGUGCGACUUUGGAUGGCUUUAGGAUUGGUUCAAGCAGAUGAGGCAAGUAACAAGGAGAUGGAGGUUGUGGGAAAUGAUAUUUUUCAAAUAUUGGUUAACAAUUCAUUGUUUCAAGAUGUUAAAAGGGAUGAGUAUGGUCACAUCACUCAUUGUAGUAUGCAUGAUCUGGUGCAUGAUCUUUUGUUAUCACUUUCGAAACAUGAAAGCUUACGUCUGAUGGGUGUGAAGAAUGAUGAUAUUGCUCGUAUUCCUCAGAUUAAGCAUCUCAUUUUUUACCAAUUAUAUCAUGAAUUAGAAGGCAAGAUUUGUAAGUUCAUUGAAAGGGAUACAGUGGCUAGAACUUUGCGCACAUUGUUCAUCGAGGGUGAAGUUGAGAAGAAUUUUUCAUUUGAACGAUUCAAGUGCAUGAGAAUCUUAAAACUCAAAGGAUGUCAUAUAGAUAAGUUACACGAUUCAAUUGGAGAGUUGGUGCAUCUUAGGUAUCUUGAUUUGUCAAAUACAGAGAUCCAUGUUCUUCCAGAAUCUAUUGGUAACUUAUACCACUUGCAAACUCUAAAGUUGCCUUAUGGAUUUAAGCAGUUUCCAGAAUCCAUGAGAAAUUUAAUAAGCCUGCGAUAUUUCCAAGGUCACAUAAAGAUUCCCACCAAUAUUGUAGGACACCUGACCUCUCUUCGAAAUUUGUCUUCCUUCACAGUGCUUAGUAGUAUGGGACAUGGUAUUGAAGUGCUACACCAUUUGAAUAACCUUACUGGAAAGCUCCGUAUUUGCGAUCUAGAAAAUGUUAGGAGCAAAGAGGAUGCUUUCAAGGCAGGUUUAUCUAGCAAGAAAAACAUAUACGAUAUUGAAUUCAAUUGGAGUGAGUAUAAUGAAAGUGCCAACAGAAAUGACAAGGAUGUAUUGGAAGGCUUACAACCCCCUCGAGAUGUGAAAACAUUGACAAUUAACAAAUUUUCUGGUGAUAAUUUUCCAGAUUGGACGCCACUUGACAAUCUCAUGAAGAUCUCACUAAGUGGAUGUCGCAACUGCCUCUCUCUUCCAAUGCUUGAGCACCUACCACAUCUUCGGAAUCUUUUCUUAUCUAAUAUGGACAGUUUGACAUGCUUAAGGAAUUCUGAUGUUACUGGAUCAACGAAGCCUUUGUUUCCAUCGUUGAGAUCACUCGGACUAAUACAUAUGAAAAGACUGGAAAAGUGGAUAGAUGGAGCACCCAACAGCUCAAAAAUGAUUUCUCCUGUCCUCGAGAGCUUGUCCAUUCGGGAUUGCCCGAAGAUUGUUCUCUUAGAUGAAUCCCAUCCCCACCCUCUUAAUUCCUUAGAGAUUAGAGCUUGCACAGGUCUUGUGUCCAUUAAGAGCAUACAAGGCCUUACAUCUCUCGAAACUUUAGUAAUUUCCAGGUGUGAUAGUCUUUUAGGAAUAACCAAUUUGCCCAACCAAUGUCAUUCUUUGAAGACUUUGAAAAUUACCUACUGCAGCAAACUGAAUUCCUUGCCUCUAAAAUUGUUUGAUUGUUUUGCAUUCUUAAAUAAGUUGAAACUUGGUCCAUUUUCACAGGAGCUCGAUUAUCUCCCAAGUCUCAAAGGUAUCGAGAAGUUAAGGGACCACCUUCACUCAUUGGACUUGUGGGGUUGGGAUGAUUGGGAAUCAAUGCCAGAAGAAAUACAACACCUCACCUCACUGACUCGGUUACAAAUACAUAAAUUUGGAAUACAAGAGCUGCCUAUGUGGUUAACCAACAUGUCAUCCAUCCGACAUUUACUUUUCCAUGAUUGCAAGGGUCUAGAUAAAGAAACGGUUAAACGAGGAGCGCCUCAUGAAGCAAAUUUUGUUAGUGUAAAUUAUUCAAGGGUUUCCAUAAAUAGAGAUGUUAAUUAGCUAUUUGAGUGUGUUGGUGUAUAAUUAAAUAUGUUGUAUCAUUCGUUUCUCCUCUUCAAUUAUAAACUUUCGUCCGACUUUCUCCCUAGCCAUCCAUUUGCAUGAGAGAUCAAUGGAUGAGAGCUCCCUAGCCAUCCAUUUGCAUGAGAGAUCAAUGGAUGAGAGG